CAAAGAACACAUUUCAAAUAAUGUCACAUAUGGAAACUUAUGACAACAUGUGAUGCAAGCCUGUUGAAAAAAUAUCUUGUCAAAGCAAAUACUACUUUUAAGUUUUUAAGACUGCAAGCAUUUAUUCUAAUGAAAAAAAAUAAAUGCUGCACUGGUUCGCCGCCAAUAGGCAUUGUUGCAGAAUAGCUGGAAUUGUUUACAACAGACAUACUGAUGCUUUUAAAUGGCACUGCCCAGCAUGUCCAGCAUUCUCCUUUUGUCUAAAAUUAAAUUACCUUAUGUUCUAAUGUCAGCUUGGUUCACAGGAACCCCAGUCUGGCCUAAAUGAUUCAUUAAUAACACACUGAACUAAAGGUUUCCUGAACAAAGUACCAAAAGUGUGACAUAGCAAGAAAAAAUAACGUGUUAUUGUCUAACCAUUUUGGAUAUUAAAAUAAAGUGUCACCUGUUCUGUUGCAGUUUAAGAAGAAAAACUUGGAUGGAAAUAUCACAUUUUGGUAUAUUUCAUGGUAGCAGGGCACUGUUUCUGAAAUCCUAAUUGUAGCAUUUAAAUAAAAAUUCUCUAAUUUAUUUACUUAUUAUUUGUGGGUAAAUGCUUGAUUUGCACUUUGCAUGAGUAAAUAAAUGAGUUUUAAGGCUAAGGUUUUCGAAAAAGAACCCGAUUUUGACAUUUUUACAUCCGUGUCUCAAAUUUUCAGUGUAAUGAAAAUGCGUCUCACUGUUUCCUUUGUUUUUCUGUGCAUACACAUACACAGCAAUGGGAAAUGGAUAUUGUGCACUCUAUUUAUUACAAAUCAUGAUUCUGUGAAGUAUUUUUUCACAGCUUACCAUUUUUGGAUUUGGUGGGAUGAUCAGGACGUGAUGAAAUGGCAAUGUAUAUUUGACGUAACACAGAGCUUGUGAAUGGAUCCAACUUCGAACUCCAUAUCCGACUCAACGCUGUGUUCUUCAAAGCAUUGUUAGUUAGCACAAGAGUAACACACUACACUUUCCAUUGAUUCAAGAUUCAAGAUUCAAGAGAUUCAAGAGAGUUUUAUUGUCAUGUGCAUGGUAAAACAGCAGUUAUACCAUGCAAUGAAAAUCUUAUUCUGUUCAUUCUCCCAAGAAAAGAAAGAAAACACAAGAAAGAAUAAGAACAUAAGAAACAUAAACACAUAAACAUUGAAACAAGAUAUAAAAAAUAGUUCCCAAAAGUGUACUGAUUGGAAAAAUUUGAUCAGUAGUAAAUCGGAUCAUAACGCAUAGUUUCAGAUUUUGAAUCAGUAUCACUUUCAUUAUUGCCCGAUUUUUUAUGAAGAAAUAACCCAGAAAUACUCUGAAGUUCACAUUGUGCGUCAAUGCAGAUGGCAGCUCAGUUGUAUAUAGUCGUAAUGGAUUCAAUUUUAGUUACAUUGUGUGCGGACUACACUGUUUACGCUAACAAGGCUUGGUGCGUUUGGUGCACAAUGAGGUGUUACUUCGGAAAUCACCGCAGCUGAAACACCGCAGCUGAAACAUAUGUUCCACAGUUUAAUGUUAUUUCUUUCAUCGUCUUUGGGACACAUGCAAAUGGGCUGAAAUUGACAUUAGAUUGUAUUUUCCACACAUGAGACACACAGAAAAUAUUCAACACUGUUUCCUUGAGCAGACUGCACCCUCGCUGCUACUCCUUCAGGAGAGUCGCCCCUCUAUGAGUGCUGUGUUGAAUGCUUAAUGUCAUGAUGUGGUGGUGGUGGUUAUUUUUUGUGUCCUUGCUUGCAUUGAAACUUACAGCUGUGUGUUAAAAGAAGGUGUUUCACUUUGCAAAUCACCAUUGUCUAGGCAAUCAAGUGUCAGCCUAUUCAUACAAGUUACAUUAUACAGCCUUGAUAACUAAUUAGCUGAAUAUUUCAGCUUUUAAAUAUGCAUAGUCACGUGCAAGUUCAUAGUCUAUGGCUCCAAACAUGUAUGGUGUAGGUUUAUGUUGCUGGCCAAUGGUACUGGAUAAAUAUUAUCCAAUAUUCCUUUUGUGAUGUCUGAUAAUAUCGGCCGACCAAUAUUAUCAGACGAUAUUGGCAUAAAAGUAAGAUAUUGUUCAUAUUGGUAUUGGCUUUGUUGCCGAUAAUGAUAUUGGCGCGCAAGUGAUGACGUGCUCCGCACAGUAACAAGCUUGGUAGCUCAGUAUGUCCACGGUCUGGAAUUAUUUUCAAGUUUUGAAAAGAGUUUUGAUUGUAAAUUUGCAAUUUGCAAUGAAAGUGUCUUUCUUUAAUACUUAUAAUCCAAUUUGUUUCUUCAUGCUGCGUUCACAUUUGACGUGUUGAAUCAGCCCAGCUGACAAUGUCACUGAUCGCAUUCAUCUAGAGUUUCUACAUAGAACAUUACUGUUUUUAUAUGGAUGUUUGUGUCACAACAACAAAUGUGCAGCUUUCCAGAUUGUGUAGUCGCCAGCAUCAUUUAAUUGGAUUCUUAUUUGUUCAUUUAUUAAGAUAAAUCUGUCAUAUUCAGUGAUAGUAAGAGAACAUGUUAUUUUAGUUGUCUAUUGGUCACAAUUUUUUAAAUUACUAUUUUGUUGAGACAAAAUGUUAAAAAUAAAUAUGGCACUUUUUCUAUAACUCACAUUACACAGUUUUUGUUUGUGAAACGCAUCCAUUGGAAUCACGAUAAAAGAAUGUGUUCAUUGAUUACAUGAGGUGUAACCUGAUGUUACUUUGAGGGAAGAGCUGCUGCGUAUAUAUGGUUUUAUAUCAGUAUCGCUCAUUAAAUACCGGAAUGUUACAGGCAUUGCCUGGGACAGCUAUGUAGUGUGAACUUUAUGACUUAUGUGACCUUUGGCCUUAGGCAUGUUUCCAGAAGAGAAGAAAGGCUGAAGUGUGAGCGCCUCAUGCUGGAGAAGGGUGAGAGACGUGCGGGCCUGUUUGUGUGUGCUCAUUGCACUGCUGCCACGUUCGAAAUAAAGUUUUUUGAAGCAGCAGGAAAAAAGUUUCCUUCUUUGCUGAAAUCAGUUCGCCCUUACUAUGGUUCGGAGCUGAAUAAUACUGACAAGGUAACAACAUGUUGAUAAAAAGCCAAUAUGGAGCAUUUCUGCAUUGCUCACAAAUACAUCAGCUAUAAUUACAUACUUCCACAAACUCAAUUUGAUGUUUUAAAGUAAAGUAUACUAUAUAUACUGUAUAUAUACAUUGGUGUGACAAAUUAUUAAACGUUAAUGCUUUAAAACGUUCUUUAUUUUUGCCUGCUCGUUCUGUCCAUUUAAACACAGGAUGUGCGACGAGAUAUCCUGUAAGGAAGUAAAACAACGCCAUGAAUAGUUAUUAUAAAGAGCGCGUUUUCUGUGAUUCUGCAGUUUGGCGUUAUAGUGGCGCUCAACAAGGGGGCGGUAAUACACAAGCCUGUUGUAGCAUUUGGUACCUCCCUCUGACAAAAGUCUGCUUGAGUGCGCAGUUGUGUCAGCACGUACGCGUAUUGUUGCUUCUGCAAAUGCUGUGCACCAAAAUCAUUGAUUUAGAAAGGUUAUUUUUUAUUCAAACAAAGGACUGUGCUGGAUUGUGUUUUUGCAAGGCAGUGGUAGUUGUUGUGAUGGACAACUGAUGUUCCCUGGCUUCAAUAUGGAACAAAGGAGACGCAUGGGAACGACACGGCGAUGCUUGGCACGGUGCGCGGUGGCGGCUGCGCUUUUGUUGAGUGUGGCCUCAGCGCAAAUUCGUUAUUCCAUCUUGGAGGAAGUUAACGAAGGAGCAGUGGUGGGAAACAUCGCUAAAGAUCUUGGGCUGGAUAAAAGCACGUUGAAAGAGAGGAAAUACCGGGUUGUGUCGAGCGCUGCUGAGCCUCUUUUCCACGUUAACGUGAACGAUGGCCUCCUUUACGUGAGCCGAAAGCUCGACAGAGAGGACGUGUGCGCGCUGAGCAGUGCGUGUCUAAUAAAUCUGAAAACAGUGCUAGAAAACCCGCUGGAAGUGCAUUACGUUGGUGUGGAAAUACUGGACGUGAAUGACCACUCCCCCAUCUUCCCAGAGAAAGAGAAGACGUUGGAGAUUUCGGAGUCUGUGUUACCAGGAGCACGUAUUCAGCUGAAAGCUGCCCGGGAUCCAGACAGAGGAGAUUUUUCUGUACAAAAGUACAAACUGAGUCAAAACGAUAAUUUUCGUUUAGAGAUGAAAGAUAAAGGAGAUGAUGGUAAAAUACCCAUACUGGUUGUACAGAAAUCUUUAGACAGGGAGGCAGUGGCGAGUCAUGCAUUAGUGCUGACCGCACUGGAUGGAGGAAAACCUCCCAAAACAGGAGAGAUGAAUAUUCUAAUAAAUGUUCUAGACAUUAAUGAUAAUGCACCUGUUUUUUUGAAUGAUAUUUAUUCUGUAAUGCUUGAUGAAAAUGUUCCAAUCGGGACAACUGUUAUACAAGUAAAUGCUACUGAUUUAGAUGAAGGUCCUAAUGGCGAUAUAGUUUAUUCAUUUACUGACAGUAUGCAUCACAAACUUUUAAACAUGUUUGAUAUCAUUCCAUCAACGGGUGAAAUUUUUGUAAAAGGCAACAUAGACUAUGAGGAGAGAAUCAAAUAUGAGAUUGAAAUUCAAGCAUCAGAUAAAGCGAUUGCUCCCCUAACGACAGAAAAAAGUGUUGUCAUCAAAAUAGUUGACGUCAAUGACAAUGCACCUGAGAUUGAAGUGACAUCAUUUUCUAGUUCCAUUCCUGAAGAUUCCAGACCUGGAACUACAGUUGCUCUAAUCAGUGUGAAUGACUUGGACUCUGGUCUCAAUGGCAAAGUGAUUUGCUCCAUAGCUGAGGAUGUUCCUUUUGCUUUGUCACCAUCAUUACAAGAUAAAAUGUAUUCUUUAGUGACCAAAUCUCCUCUGGACAGAGAGAAAAGGUCCAAAUAUGAUAUAUCAGUAGUGGCAAAAGAUGCUGGUCAACCUGCACUCUCAUCUGAAAAGACAAUAAGUGUUUUCAUUUCAGAUGUGAAUGAUAAUAGUCCAGAGUUUUCAUUCAGUCCUUAUACUUUCUAUGUUACUGAGGGCAACGAUGCAGGAGCUUCUGUCUUUUCUGUCAAAGCUUUUGAUCGUGAUGACAAUGAGAAUGCUGUGAUUUCAUAUCAUAUUCUCAGAGAUGGAAGAGAAGAAAAUAAACUAUCUUCAUUUCUAAGUAUAAAUACUGAAACUGGACAAAUAUCAGCACUGAAAAGUUUUGACUUUGAGACGUUAAAAAGUUUCCAGUUCCAAGUAGUGGCCACAGAUGGUGGAAGUCCUCCACUGAGCAGCAACGUGACAGUGAACGUGUUCAUUCUGGAUCAGAAUGACAACCCUCCAGUCAUCCUGUAUCCAGUCAGUUCCAAUGGUUCUGCUGAAGGUGUGGAGGAGAUUCCCCGCAACAUGAAAGCAGGAGACUUGGUGACUAAAGUCAGAGCCUAUGACGCUGAUAUAGGAUAUAAUGGCUGGUUACUGUUUUCACUGCAGCAAGUCGCUGACCACAGUCUCUUUGCUUUGGACCGCUAUACGGGCCAGAUCAGAACACUUCGCUCAUUCACAGAGACGGACGAGGCUGAGCAUCAACUGCUCAUACUGGUCAAAGACAAUGGCAACGUUUCACUCUCAGCAACAGCUACUGUGACUGUCAAACUUGUGGAGCCCAAAGAGGCUUUUGCAGCUUCUGAUGUCAAACGUGCAGCGGCAAACGUGGACGAGGAGGACGACAAUGUGACUUUUUAUCUCAUCAUCACUUUGGGCUCGGUCUCGCUCCUUUUUGUCAUCAGCAUCAUCGUGCUGAUCGCCAUGCAGUGCUCCAAAUCUACAGAGUACACUUCCAAAUAUCUCCAAGACGCUAAUUAUGAUGGGACACUGUGUCACAGCAUCCAGUACAGAUCAGGAGACAAACGUUACAUGUUAGUUGGACCCAGAAUGAGCAUAGGUUCUACUAUAGUCCCAGGCAGCCACGCCAACACUCUGGUGCUCCCUGACAGGAGACACACCUCUUCUGGGGAGCCCAAGGCACCAAAUUCAGACUGGCGAUAUUCAGCCUCCCUGAGAGCAGGUGGUGUAAUGCAGAGCUCAGUGCAUAUGGAAGAAUCAUCAGUGAUGCAGGGAGCCCAGGGGGUUCUGGUCCAGAACUGGCCCACAGCAUCCAGCGCUGCUGAUGCUGAAGGAGGAGAGGUGUCACCCCCAAUGGGUGCCGGAGUCGACAGCAACAGCUGGCACUUUCGCUACGGCCCAGGGGGUCCCGGCGCACCCCCACAGCACCUCAAGCCUGGCGAGGUUCCCCCAGAGGCGUUCAUCAUCCCUGGAUCCCCUGCCAUAAUAUCCAUCAGACAGAACCAGGGAGGAGAGGAUGACAAGAGCGAUUUUAUCACCUUUGGCAAGAAAGAGGAGGCGAAGAAGAAGAAAAAGAAGAAGAAGGAUAAGAAAGACAAGAAGGAUAAGGGGAAGGAUGAUGACGAGUAAAGGAGAAGAAAGCGAAAAUCGGCAAAGAGAAAAAAAAAGGGUGUUGCUAAAACAGAGGUACCAACCAAAGUCCACUGGGCAAAAAGAAAAUGUGAAUAUGGACGUCUUCAAUCCUGUUUUGUUUGUAUUUAACCUGGCCUUACCAAGGUCACAUUUACCUUCAGUCUAGUGCGGCUGAGGUAAGUUAUUGAUCUUGCCUUGAUAAACAAUAAGAAGAUUGAUUUUGAGCCACACCCCCAUGUGCCUAUACACCCUAAGUCAACUACAACAUCCUUAGAAAUAACAACUCUUGAUUAUUAUGCCUCCUGGGCGUGUUGGCACCUCUGUAUUACCCCCUGCCCAAUAAUGAUAAACCAUUCUCUGUGAGAGAAGACAAAAGAACAACAAAAAGCUCUGUGCCAGCCAAGGAAAAGAAGAAAGAUAAAGUCAUAUAUGAAGUCAUAUGUGUGCAUUCUGGAGCUGGACACACUCACACACUACUUGUAAAUAGCACAGGGGAGUCACUGAAACUAAGGCUAACACACAAAACACUGCUGCAGAGUCCUAACUUACCAACAGUGUUUCCUGCAAUCUCAAUGAAUCCACAUGCACGCAUGCUCACACAAGCAAACACACACCUUGACAUGUGGACACUGAAAGCACUUGAGACCUGGAGAGAGAAAUAAAAAAGAAGAGAAAACCAUGUGCUAAUUUGACACUGCAAGCUUUUUGUCACCUAUGGGGUGCACAUCAACUCUCAGGAUGGACGGAGCAUCCCUUUGCUGUUACUCUGUAUUCGCUUACUGCUUUUAAAGGACUGAGGGUGCUACCCCUCCAGCCGGAAGCCCGAUGCAGAGAGCUCUGGGUAGUUGGAGAGAGGGGAAGAUGACCUCACAUUCACCUGAGGGGAAGACGUCCGGAUUUCGGUCAGUGGACUCUGAAGAAAACAAGCAGCAUCUUAUUUGCAGAAUCUUGAGAUUUUGAUAACACCCUCUCUUAUCCCCCCAUGCUGCAGCAAAAGCUGAAAGCUUUGUGCUUUGAAUGUUUGGUAGCAACCAGUCCUUACCUAAUACCUUUACAACAUUUGACCUGCUUGUGCUCCCCACCAAUCUGCCACAAACCCUGACCCCAACCACCUUUCCCCCACUGACUGCCUCUUCAUGCCAUGAUGAAGUUAACCUACUUUCCUUAAUUCUCUGAAGAGAUUCACAGUACAUGUUCUGCCAUUUUUUUUAUAUUUUCCCUUGCUUAUUGCAUGUCCACCGUCUUACCCCCACUGCUCAGGAUCCAUCCUGAGAAAAGGGCCUGUUUUGAACAUUGUGGUGUGCUGACAGCAGCAUGGAGUAAUGUGGAUGAGGCCCGUUUGAGGCGGGGGAGAGUGGGGUGGGAUGUACACCUUGAACUCUCUAAAAGUGCAAAACGGUUCAGUGCUUUUAACUUGUGAAUAAUAAAAUACGCUGUUCACUUCCUGUUUGUCUACCGCCGCUACAGUGAGAGGGGAUCAGGUGGGACUGAUAAACAAAUCACAGGGGUGAAGGACCGGGCAGGAAGCGAGGAGGCGGGUGCCGUGGGCUGGCCCUCUCCCCUCAAGUUUGCAAGACAGGAUAAUUGAUCGUUAUGAUCAGAGUCGCAUCUAGCUUUUACUUACGCUGUACAUGUAGCGUAGACUUUCUAGAUCUACAUGAAUUGAACCAGUUCAAAAAUAAAUAUGGCAUCCAGGAUUCCCUGUCAACAGCUAUAUCCCACCAGUCCUCUCUCAUGAGGCGAUGAGGCUGAGAUAUACCUCCAGUCUUCUGUUGGUCCCCCUGUCCCUGCCUGUAACUUCUUACACGCCCUCCCAAAACUGUGCGGCUCAGUAUGAUGUCACUCCAAUAAGUGGCUGCUGCAUGUACUGCUCUAAGGAAACACAUACUAUAUAGAGAAAUAUAUAUAUAAAUAGAUAGCUAUGAUUUUAUUAUUUUUUUGUAUUAUCGUUUUGGUUCUUCAUUACUCACAUGGGAAAUAUUUGUAUGUACUUCUCUUGUCUAUGCCAAAACAUCUAUGUAUUUACCAUCGUCACGCUCUGCAGGUGUUGUACGGCAUCCACUAAACCUUUUUCGAUAUUUGUAAUGCUAUAGUGUGAUACCUUUUUAAUGCGACCUUUUUUUCCCAAACUUUAUCAUUUCUGCUUUUGAAAACAAGCAAAAAAACAGAAAAAAAAAUGUAUCCGGCUUUGACAUGAUGAUCUAACACUGUAAUAUUGUAACUGAAAUAUGUAUGAUCCUAUGAUGAGCUAUCACUUCCCUUUCAUUCUUCUGAAGAAAAUAUAAAAAAUCACCAAAAAAAACUGUGAAAAAGUAUAUGUAGUGUAUGCUUGUAUUUAGUGAACUUUCAUGCUGUCAUUCUUUCCCAAUGUAUGGUGGUGAUGAACUAUGGUGGCAACGUCGGACCAGCCCAAAUCUGUUUUAACCGCUCCCCCCCUUUUUUUGUUCACCCUCUCAUCAACUGUGACCGUGAAAUAGUGAACUUCAUUUACAUCCAUUCCCUUUUUGCCUUUGACUCGACCUAAAUGGAAACAGUGGUAAUGUGUUUUGUUUAUAAAUCACAAAUAAAGUUUUCUUUCUUAAAAAUGA